AUGAUGCAGACGGUUCCGAGUCUCGUUGGCACCGGCACCGCCAUUGCUGCCGCCGCCAGUGGCCUGAUCUUUGGCCAUCCCACCGACUCGGACAAACCUGCCGGCCGCCGCGUUCUUCACAAACGGAAUGCUUCGUUCGAUCCUUCCCCGACCCGGCAUGAUCACACCAACACUUCCUCAGCAUACCGUCCUGCUACGAGCCAUCCUGAACGGCCAAUGGCGAUGGCUGCCGAUGAUCUGAACCAUUCGACCCUCCCACGACCCGCGUCACGCUCCCGUCCCCCGCUCUCGCGCUAUCAACGACCCCAAUCCUCCCAAUUCCCGAGCCGUCGCUCCUCUACAAAGAAUAGCAGCCUCGGAAACGACACCCAAGUUACCUCUAGCAGCCAGACGGACAGUCGUCGGAACUCUCUGUCCUCGAAUGGCUCAUGGAUGCGCAGAUUUUCCCUCCGACCUCUCUCCCAACACGGCUCGAGUCCUCGCUCUAGUAUGGUCGUCGACAGGCAGUCUGUUACGCUGUCGCAAAGUUCAACCGUGCCAAUCCUACGCCCUAGGACGGCUGCUGCCAAUCUACCGCCCAAUAAGCUCGUCAAGAGAACUCCCUCCACGCAGAAUCACGAUUCGCCCCAAGUGUCUCGUUCCAAGUCGAAAGGGCAUUUGCCAACGCUCCGUCGACCGGCCACGAGUCACCAGCGCACUGCCACACUCGAGCAGCUACGUUUGAAUGCACAAGAAAACCAGGCACCUCCGCUGUCUGGAGAGCCAAAAUAUUCGUUCGAGCAUCGCCCAAGCACCGAGUCUGCUGGUACGGGGUCCAACACGACGGCCAGCCAAACGGAGAAUACCCAUUGGCUGUCAUUCUUCCAUUUGAGAAGAACUAGCCUAGCUGUGGACGGUCGACCCAGCACCGGCAGCCCUCAUUCGAAAGCCAACACGGUGCGGCGUAUAUCCGCAAAGGCGAUUGCAACCUGCCAAGAUACUGUUCACCUGGUUAAGCCUAGCAUGGUGUCUUCGUCUUCCAUGACAUCUCUACCCCGCGGUCCCCAGACACAUCUCGCAGAUGCCGCAGAAAUUGUGCCUGAGCAGGCCGAGCAAGAAGCGCACGAGGAGCGAAAACAGCGACGGCAGCGAGACUUGGCUGCAGCCAUGCAGCAACAAGCUACAGCGCCGACUCGGGCGGACGGUAGCCGGGAUGAUACAACCGAACGGCCAUCCUCGUCAAUGCGCAUGAAACGAUCACUAUCUACGUCGUUUGCAACAGUGGCAGGUCACUUGGUAUCCAAGACCUCUGGCAGCAUCAGGCGCUCCAAACGGGGCGAAGGCCAGUCUGUUUCUGCUGCUGCUAGCGUGGGCAGGCGGCAUGCGUCAGCGCCCAUUAGCGGCUCUGCGGCGGUGCCAGUGGGCGUGGAGCAUCACAAGAUGGGCCUGAAGCCACCAAUGGCUUCGCUAAGACAGGGCCCGCCAGGACCGCUACCAAGGGUAGCUUCUGCUUCAGCUGCCUUUGAUGCGCCUCGGAAGCCUCAGAAUUAUUAUCAGCAGCCUCAGCAGGCCUUGCGGCCGUGGCAGCACCCACAGCGCCGCCAGUCUUCGCGAGAGCAGCCCCAGCAGGCCCGACAGCCCCAGCAGCAGCCCCGGCAGGCUCCCUACAGCGCCUCUCCCCACGCUGUCCCGGUGGCCACCACGACCGCUACAGGUACCGUCGCCGCUCCCACCACAUUCUCCUCCACCACCUCUUCGUCGUUUCAUGGUUCCCAUGGAAGAAAUUCCUCCUCCCCACAGACGCCCCCGCCCCAGCGUGCUCUGAAUUUUCAAAUCGACAAUUCUCUGCCUCGGGCUUCUUCUUCUUCGCCUGCAUUCGGCCCUGCUGGCGGGGUAGUUGCUGUCGCGUCUGCUGUGCAUUCUCUGCGUCCUCUCCAGCCCUCUACCAGCUCCACGGCCAGCUCGGCCAUGUCCACCUCCCACCACAGAUCCCCCUACAAUGAGACCUCGCCCCAGAUGGAAGGAUUCGACAGCGAUGGAAGGGGUUUUAUUUCCGGCGACGACGACGACACGGACUUCAAGAGCGACACCCUCUACGACUCUCUCCGCACCGUCGCCUCGAGCCGUGCCAGGGCUGUAGAGACGCCUCUCGAGUCAGUCUACGAUGAGUCGCCUCCUAGCACCGCCAGCAACGGCAAGUCGCGACGCCUCUCAAUCCAUGAAAUGCUCGACAAGGCCUGGGAUGGUGACGAUAGGAUCACCGAGGAGGACGAAACGUCCCAAACCCCGGUCCGUGCACCGCCCACCACCAAAGUAAAACCGCCCACACGCUACGACGCCCGCAACGGCCAUUCCGUCGAAGACGAGCACCUCGCUGCAAACCCUAUUCGCAGUUCCUUCCCCGUGAGAGAUUUUGGGAGAAUGUCUCUGGAAGAUGAUUUUGACGACGACUGGGCUCGUUACGAGGACGAAGCUGACUCCCACAUCAGCCCUUUGUCAGCCCCUUCCAAGAGCUCUCUCAAUGCCAAGGGAAUGAAUCCCAAUGUUCGUCUCGCGCUCGCCAACAUGAGCAACGGCACAGGAGACAUGGAACGGACGCCCGGCACGGAGCGGCCCCUCAGCAACAUCUUCGACUGGAGUGAGCCUUCGACCCAAGACAAGCACGAAGCCGAGCGACGUUCAGGCCGUCCACAGACUGCCUACGGAAAACCGGUAGACCCUAGAGGCGGCCGUUCUGCCAACCGACGUGGACCUGCACCCGCGCAUGUAAGGAGCCAAAGCGUGCCGGUAGUUCAUGAGGCGGCAGAUGAACACAAGCCAGCCGGCGCCAAGUACGGAACGUGGGGUCUCGGUACCAAGACUGUUAGUGAAGAUUGGGACGAGGACUUUGAGUUUGGUUCCGCGGCUGAUAACGAUGACCGAGAAAACGAGUCCAUGUUUGCCGUACCCGAGUCGAUUCGAGCCAGUCAGCCGAGCGUAAAGGCGCACUCGGGCCAAAUCAGAGAGCUGUCUCUUCUGGUCAAUGACCUCAAGCGACUCUGUCGACACGGUCGCGACAUGGGGCUUUUGGAAGGCUCUCAAAAGGCUCUCUGGAAGGAAGCCGAAGGUGUCAUUGCACUUGCAUCCCCGGACGAUGAGACCAUGGACGACGAUAACGAAUCGAACCCGUCUGUAGACCUUGACGCUUUCGAUAGCAAGGCCAAGCAAGGAGAUCAACGACCCAAGACGCCCCAGACCGAGCAACCGUUUUAUGUGGGAUCUCCCAAGCUCGAGCCGUCCAUUUCCAAGACGGCUGUGCUGCGGGAGCGUCAUUCACCUCGCAGACGUUCUGUUUUUUCUCCCGAUGACGAUAUCUUUGGCGGAGCCGAGAGCUCAGCGGAUAAGAAAGCUAGCUCAUCGCCGAAGAAACCGAGCCUACAUGCGCCACAGACGCCCGAACGCCUCGCCGACGUUAAUGGCGUCGUGCGAACCGUCAUGGAGGCGAUGCAGCACCGCACCGACUCGGACGCUAUUCCUGACACUGGCAAGCCUAGUAGAAAGGUCCAGUUUGAUACAAAUAGCUUAAAAGCGCUGGUAAGAAGAUCUGGCGAGCUCCGCGAUGCCCUUUCGGAUAUUAUUCGCAGGACAGAUCAGCUCACACAGAGCCCGGCGCGACCUCUACGGCACGACCGAGACCGUGGCCCCGACUCGAGCCCGGCAUUCACUCGUGUCUUUGACGACCCUGGUUCCAGUCCUCCCCGCCGCGUAGCGAGAAGCCGCGGCAACACCACUCUUAAACAAACUACAUCGCCGGACAGCUCACCGCCUCCGCAAUUGGAACGACGAUUUCCAUUGAUGACGGUACGAUAA